AACAUUAACAUUAGAUAGUGAUAGACAGUGAUUACUCUAAUUGCUUCCACCUGGUGAGCCAAAAAGUUUCAGCUCAAAAUUACAUCAUUUUGUAGAGUGAUGUGGACCAUCAUCAAAGUGUACUUUUCCCCUUGAGGGAGGCAUCCAACAGUAGGCUACACCCUUCUGAAGUCAGGAGGUCUGUGUUUGCUCCAGGGAUUACAUUACCACACCAGAGGCCUUCCAGACAGACCUACAGACUGACAGACUGCAUCACCACCCAAGAUUAAAAAAAAGUCCCUCAGCCCGCUCCUGGUGGCGGUGCCCAGUCAGCGGCUCCACUGUUAAUAUGUAAACGGUGCGAUGAUUGAAGACUGAAGGCAGUUUCCCCGGCUGUGCCCUGAACCCGGGCCGCGCGCCAUUGGCCGCCAGCUCCAGCGGCCAAACAACCAAUGGGAGGGCGCCGACCACGAGCCGUCCUCCCUCGGGCCGCGUGUCCCUCGCCCUGAUUGGUGGAAAGUUACUGUGGGAAAGAAAGUUUGGGAAGUUUCACACGAGCCGUUCGCGUGCAGUGCAAGAUAUAAAUACAAGCCACACGCAGAGAACCCAACAGAGAGACUCUGCAUCCGCUCCUGAUAACCGCUGCUGCUGCUUUUGCGCACCGCUCUAACGGAUUUUAACUUGAUACAUAUCUCAGGAUUUUUUUUUUGUGGGAGAGGGAACUUUUGAAUAUUACAACCUGAAAAUAUUCAUCAUCCCUUUACCUGCACCAGUGGACCGUAAUUUGCUGUGGUAUUGUGGGAUAAUUCCGAUAAAAAGAUGCCUGCCGAUAUGAUGGAAAAAACCUCCUCCUCUCCGGUUGCUGCAACCCCGGCAAGCAUGAACACAACUCCCGAUAAACCCAAGACAGCCUCUGAGCACAGAAAGUCAUCCAAGCCAAUUAUGGAAAAGAGGAGAAGAGCCAGAAUCAACGAGAGCUUGGGGCAGCUGAAAACCCUCAUCCUGGAUGCGCUCAAAAAAGAUAGCUCCAGACACUCCAAACUGGAGAAGGCGGACAUCCUGGAGAUGACGGUGAAGCAUCUCCGGAACCUCCAGAGGGCUCAGAUGACCGCUGCGCUAAAUACCGACCCCACCGUCUUGGGAAAAUACCGUGCCGGUUUCAGCGAGUGCAUGAAUGAAGUCACCCGGUUCCUCUCCACCUGCGAAGGUGUUAACACCGAGGUCAGGACGCGGCUGCUCGGCCACCUGGCCAACUGCAUGACCCAGAUCAACGCCAUGAACUACCCCAGCCAGCAUCAGCACCAACACCAGCUCCCCUCCACCGCCGGGCCAACCCACCCCUCUUUCGGCCAGUCCAUGGUGCAGAUCCCCAGCUCACCUCCGCAGGUCCUGCCCAUGAACGCGGUGCCCUGUAAAGGGGGAUCCUCGCCGGCCAAUUUACCUUCAGACGCCACCAAAGUGUACGGCGGUUUCCAGAUUGUGCCUGCCACAGACGGACAGUUUGCUUUCCUCAUACCCAAUGCGGCAUUUGCGCCUAACGGCCCCGUUAUUCCUGUGUAUGCCAACAGCGUCAGCACGCCGGUCCCUGUGCCGGCUGCGGUUUCUCCCGGAGCCCCUUCAGGCAACACGGACUCAGUGUGGCGACCCUGGUGAAAUGUGGAAAGGACCGUAAAGACUCUGAAAGUGACACUUAAUAGUUCUGUUUUUGUUCAAUGUUAGAAAAGUUGUUUUGAAUCUGUUUUUCUUGUAAAAUGGAAAGAGUAUGCACUAUAUUUGUACAGCUAACAAGGGAGUAAAGUUCAUAUUGAAAUGAGAUUUGUAUUGUGGAAGUCCGUUCACUGCAUUUUUUUUUUAUAUAUUUGUCUUUUUUUACUGUGUGAUGCCAAAGAUAUGUUCAAUGCGCUUAUGCUGUUCUUCGUUUUGGAAGACAAAUAAAUUUGUAAAGAUAUGAA